GCAGGGCUCUCUCUCUCUCUCUCUCUCUCUUUUAUUUCUAACGUUAUGGAUGCAGGAUCUGUGAACUCUUCAUCAUCAAAUAAGACAAAAUCUCGAUGCCCUCUUCAGGAGCAACUCCUUCAAAGAAAAAAUUCUCGCGAUAAUUUGGACAGAUUCAUACCAAAUCGAUCUGCUAUGGAUUUUGACUAUGCACAUUACAUGCUGACGGAAGGGAGGAAAGAGAACCCAGCUGUGAACUCCCCAUCCAGAGAGGCUUACAGGAAACAACUGGCGGAAACUUUCAACAUGAACCGGACACGGAUACUGGCUUUCAAGAACAAGCCACCCACUCCAGUGGAGGCAAUUCCCAAUGACUUCUCCUCGGCUGUUCACCAGUCCAAACCUACAAAGUCUCGGAGAUAUAUUCCUCAGACCUCCGAGAGAACUUUGGAUGCUCCUGAUCUUGUAGAUGAUUACUACUUGAAUUUAUUAGAUUGGGGCAGCAGCAAUGUUCUUUCAAUUGCCCUUGGAAGUACAGUUUACCUAUGGGAUGCCUCUGAUGGUGCUACCUCAGAACUUGUCACUGUUGAUGAUGAAAAUGGCCCUAUUACAAGCGUUAAAUGGGCUCCUGAUGGACGGCAUAUUGCUGUUGGCUUGAAUAAUUCUGACGUCCAGCUUUGGGAUUCUACAGCUAAUCGACUGCUAAGAACUUUGAAAGGCGGCCACGGAUCAAGAGUUGGAUCCCUGGAUUGGAACAGUCACAUUUUGACCACUGGAGGAAUGGAUGGUCAGAUUAUCAACAAUGAUGUAAGGGUGAGAGCGCAUAUUAUUGACACCUACAGGGGACACCAUCAAGAAGUUUGUGGGCUUAAAUGGUCAGCCUCAGGCCAGCAGUUAGCUAGCGGCGGAAAUGAUAAUCUCCUCCACAUCUGGGACAGAUCCAUGGCCUCCUCCAAUUCUCCAACCCAGUGGCUUCAUAGGCUGGAAGAGCACACAGCUGCUGUCAAAGCCCUUGCCUGGUGCCCUUUCCAGGGUAAUUUACUGGCCUCCGGUGGUGGCGGAGGUGACAAGUGCAUAAAGUUUUGGAACACCCAUACUGGUGCGUGCUUGAACUCAGUUGACACGGGCUCUCAGGUCUGUGCCCUAUUGUGGAACAAGAAUGAGCGUGAGCUGCUUAGCUCUCAUGGUUUUACCCAGAAUCAACUCACUCUUUGGAAAUACCCGUCAAUGGUGAAAGUAGCAGAGCUUACUGGUCAUACAUCCAGGGUUCUCUUCAUGGCUCAGAGCCCAGAUGGAUGUACAGUUGCAUCUGCAGCCGGGGAUGAAACUCUCAGAUUCUGGAAUGUUUUUGGGACUCCUGAAGUAGCAAAGCCUGCAUCAAAGGCGAAUCCCGAGCCAUUUGCUCACUUGAAUCGCAUUCGUUGAAUUGACUGUAAAGAAGUGGGCUGAUACACAUAAGAUACAGAAUCUCUAAAAAACAGGGUGAAUCCAUUCAUGACAGACAUCAGUUUCAUUAUUUGCAAAUGUUGAAAAAGAUAAAGAUGGGCAGGACUUGGAAGCAAAUGCUCAGUCUCUUGCUAUUCAUCCCAAGCUCGACCGCUUUGCUUGUUAUUCCUUACUAUAUUGUACUCUGAAUUUUGAAGUGAUACAGUAGUAGAUCUUUAGGGGAGAUUCUCUGUACAUAUAUAAUCAUUUACUUGGUGGAACCUUUCCCAUCCUUU